AUGGUUGACGACAUAUCAUGUGCGACGUCUAAGACAAACAGCAGCCAUGCGCAUCCCUACCAUUCAAACCAUCAACAAGGACACAAACUUUCCCAACACCUCCCUCCGCCACCAGCACCUGCGCCCCCUCCGCCACCCCCCUUGCCCUCGGAGGAGUUCCCUACCAAUACAUUUAACGCUGCCCGUGCCGCCGCUGCUGCUGUUUCCGCUGCUCUUGGCUUCCAUUUUCCCCCUCCGGACAUGUUCAACCUCAACUCCCCUGCGCCGCCUGGACCACCACCAUCUGCGCCACCGACCUCACUACCAUCCAAGAAUAACGGUGUUCCGGAUAGUCCAGAGUCCCAGAAUACAAAAAACAGCACUGAAGAUUAUGCCUCGCGACCCUACCGCUGCACCACCUGUGGCCGAGGCUUUGCGGUGAAGGCAGGUCUGAUGCAGCACCUGCGUACACAUACCGACGAGCGACCCUACCCCUGUCCUGAGUGUGGCCGGGCCUUCAAGCAGAAGAUCCAGCUAACCACUCACAUGCGCGUCCAUUCGGGUGAGCGACCCUACGGCUGUCGUAUCUGUGGCAAACUCUUCCGUCAGCAGAGCCAUGUAGUGCAGCACUUGCGCACUCACACUGGAGAGAAACCACACAAAUGUACCCGGUGCAACAAAGCUUUCCGACAGAAGUACAGCCUCAUUUCUCAUCAAAGGCGCAUGUGUCAGAGUAGAUCAAGCUCCAGUUCUGCCUUGAUGGCCGGGAUGACAAUGUGGAUUGGUCCAGGUGGGAGAGCUGCAGAGAAAGCAGCUGCAAAGGCCGCUGCUGCUGCCGCUGCCGCUGCCGCCGCUGCUGCAGCCGCUGCCGCUCAAAAUGGAUUACGUUCUGCACACUCACCAACCCUCCUUCCACCCCCUUCCAUUGCUAACGCUGGGUCUCCACUGUCACUUCCGUUUUCCACACCACCGCCGCCUUCGACUGAACGGAAUCUCUCUCCUGGGGCGCCACCUAGAGUCGAGGACCGUUCCUCCUGCAGCCCAGCGAGUUCUCAUGGCGGUGGUAGUGGUGGCGGCGGGAGUGGGGCUAAAUCCUUUCAUCAGCCUUCACCACAUCCCAAACACUCCCCUGUUGGUGGACUCAAUUCUGCUGCUUCCUCGGCUGGACGAUCGUUUCACGAGAAUGACUAUAGUAUUACCACCACCUCCUCAUCCUCAUCCUACCCUUCACCCUAUCACUCAGGCGCAACUGAUCUUCGUCUGAACAGUGGCGGCGGCUUCCAAUCGAGACUGGAAGAUACCUCAUCUGCGGCCAUGGAGACAGCAGGUGUCUAG